GUCUGGAGCAACACUCUCUCGAGUUACUACUAUGUGGUACGACGAAAGCGCCAUCACUAACCAAAUCGCCGGGAGCUCGCCAUGGAUUCUUGAGGCUUGGGGCCCAACGCGACGGCUGGAACUCGGCGCAUAUUCACCUCGCGGGAAGUGCACCGGACAAUAGCAAGACAGGGAAGGGAGAGAGAGAAAAAAAAAAAAAAAGAAAAAGAGAGAGAGAGAGAGAAUUUGCGAUCAAAACGCCAUGUCGGCAUGUCGAGGUCGUCAUUCCUGGCCCGAAACCGCCACUUCCGAACUAUCACCGCCAUGGCCCUGAGCUCCUGUACCAUGGCUGCCCUCGGGCGCAGCUCUGUUGGGGCACUCGGAAAGGUGGGCGCCGUGGCUCGAGGAUGCCGGCAGUUCUCUGCCUCGGCAGCUCGUGGGCAAAUCCUUGACGCCGCAUCACUUCCCGACCGACAGAUCCCGCACUACCAACAGACCAAAACCUCGUCGCUCCUCUCGCUUCACUGGCCACAACCGCCCCGGAAUAUACUGCUGAUGCCCAAGCUGCACGCGCCCAAGGUCACGGCCAAGGCAAUCGAGUUCGCGAAGCAUAUCUACAACAACUAUCCGGGACUGAACCUCGUCUUUGAGAGCCACAUCGCCCAGGACAUUCACGAGACCCUACCGUUCCCGAUCUACACGACCGACCCGAGCAAUGCGUCAACGCUCUUCGCCAGAAAGAUUGAUAUCGUUACCACCAUGGGUGGCGACGGCACGAUUCUGCGGGCAGCAAGCCUCUUCUCCAUGCACAACAGCGUACCUCCGAUCCUCUCCUUCAGCAUGGGUACCCUCGGUUUCCUGGGCGAGUGGAGGUUCAGCGAGUACAAGCGGGCCUGGAGGGAGUGUUACAUGAGCGGGUGCUCCGUGGCCGUAGAGGACUUGGGAGACCCGCACACCCGCGCCGCCGUAGCUGGCGCGCAGGCGGGCGACCGAUCCAACUUCUCCCCUCUCUCCGGCUGGGACGCCGUCCGUGGCAAUGGCCAGUGCAUGGGUCUCAGCCGUACCUCCAAGAUCCUCCUCCGUAACCGGCUUCGCGUCGGCAUCUACGACAGUGAGGGCCGCAACAUCAACGAGCAGCUCCUGCCCACCUCGGCCGCCGAACCCGACCUCGGCCCUCCGUCCGGCAGCAGCACCCACGUUGGCGAGGGCUAUCGCAGCAGCACCAACAGCACCAGCAGCACCAGCAGCAGUAGCAGCAGUAGCAGCGGCCGCGGCGACGGCGUCGUCCAGAAACCACGCUACCUCCACGCCAUCAACGAGGUCUCGAUCGACCGGGGCUCCCACCCGCACCUCGCCAUCAUAGACAUCUACGUCAACUCGCACUUCCUGACCGAGGCCGUCGCCGACGGCAUCCUCAUCAGCACCCCGACCGGCUCCACCGCCUAUUCCCUCAGCGCCGGCGGCUCCAUCGUCCACCCGCUCGUCAAGUCCCUGCUCAUCACCCCGAUCAGCCCGCGCAGCCUCAGCUUCCGCCCGCUCGUCCUGCCGCUGCACACCAAGGUGGUGCUGAAGCUGAGCAAGCGGAACCGGGGGCGCGAGCUGCCCGUCAGCAUCGACGGCAAGAGGCGCGUCGGCGUGACCAUCGGGAUGGAGGUGCGCGUGGAGGGGGAGACGCUGGAGAAGGGACCCGACGGCUGGCGCGGCGGGGUGCCCUGUGUGAUCCGGGCGUCCUCGGCGAGGAGCGGCGGCUCGGAGGGAAUUGCCGAGGACGACGACUCGUGGGUGGGUGGGCUCAACGGGCUGUUGAAGUUUAACUAUCCCUUUGGGGAGGGGGCGCCGGAAGAGCCAUAGAAGGAUCAUAUCUCUUUGUUUGUUUUGCAUUUGCAUUUCGAAUCAUUAUAGCAUGGGCUGCGCGGGUUUGUCGCUUUGUCGACUUUCUUUUUUUUGUUUUUUUUUAUUUUCUU